CGGGGUCGUUUCUGGCCAAGUCGUAGCGGAUUGCGUGUGUCAUUUACCUGACUUGACUAACAGAAAGUAAGAGUAGCACAAACAUGGCGGGACGUCUGCUUAUUCGAGCCUGCACUUCAACGACAUUGCGUCUGGGUAGGAAUGCGGUGGCAAAACCGUUUCAGCGAGCUUUGGCCAUAGACGGGAUACCAACAGAUGAGGAGCAGGCCACUGGGCUGGAACGACGUGUCCUACAGGGAUUUAAAGAGGGAAAAGAUCCAUACAGUGUACUGAAGCCGAAGCUCUAUCCUGGCACCAAGGAAAACCCUCAGCUUGUGCCAUGCAGUAUAGACAAGAGGCUGGUUGGCUGUAUUUGUGAGGAAGACAACACUGCCAUUGUAUGGUUCUGGGUCCAUGAUGGGAAACCACAACGCUGUCCUUCCUGUGGUACCCACUAUAAGCUGGUGAGCCAUGAAGAGCUUCAUUAAAAAUAAUGUGACUUCUACAGAAACAUGACAAAGACAAUCACAUUUGCCUUCUACGUGGCCAUAUAUACUUCGAUGUGUAAUGUUGAUCAUUAAAGUGUGACCCUUGAACUGAA